AUGGGCUUUGGCUUAUGUAGAUCCAAAAUGAUGAAUGGGAUUGUGGCACUCCACUCGCCGCCAAUGCGGAAGGAUGUCGCCGAAAAGAAUGGAACGCUGCUUUGCUCUGCUGGAUGCGUCGGAUCCCGUAUAACAAGCGAGCUCUUUACCCUUAAAUUCAAAGAUGUGGGCUCCAAAUGCUAUCCUGCUUUAUUGUUGCGUAGCAAAAGAAGCCUGCUCAUGCUGCUUCGGCGGCGCCUUUUCGCCUUCUCUUCGCUCUGGACAAGAGCGCUAGUGGACACGGGGAGGGAGCGGGCGAAGCCUUUCUUUCGUAAUGGAAAGAAAAAGACCGCUACUUUGCCUCUUUGUUGGACCGCCGGCGCGAACACAGUGGUCUCUGACCAGGACCAGGAACCGAUUCGAAUUUGGAUCUUGACAUGUCGGUGUUUUUUAACCGUAGGCAUCUUGCCAGGAAGUUGGUGGGCUCAUCAUGAAUUAGGUCGGGGUGGCUGGUGGUUUCGGGAUCCCGUAGAAAAUGCUUCUUUUAUGCCUCGGGUAUUAGCCACAGCUCGAACCUUUUCAAUACGGUCCGGAUUGCUAGCUCCCGUUCAUAGUUUUGCUACAGAUGAUACACGAGGAAUCUUUUUAUGGCGGUUCUUCCUUCUAAUGACCGGCAUAUCUAUGAUUCUUUUCUCUCAGAUGAAGCAGCAGGCAUCGGUCCGUAGAACCUAUAAAAAAGAGAUGGUUGUAGCGCGAAGUACUCUUGUGCACUUACGUCACUUGGCUCGCGCGCAACCUCGCCCCCUUAUGUUGAAGUAG